CAGCCUCUGUAAAUAGACAGUGAGCUUCCAGAAGGUGUCAGCCAGUAAGAGCCUCUGGUACCUAGAAACUGUAGCAGCUUUGCUCCCAGCAUCAGCAGGAUGCUGGAGAUGGAGCUCCAGCAUCCCCCUGAAGAUGCCUGCUUGCAUGUCAGAGCCUUGCUGCCUGUGAUGCACCCAGGCUGGGGCCACCUCUGAUGGCUCUGAUGGCUGAUUGUGCUGCUCAGGUGUGUGUACUCAGCCCACAGUCAGGAGUUCUCACAAAAAGGGGGGAUAUCCACUUCUGUCUGGAGGUUGUCUAUAUUCCUUUGGCCAUCAGCAGAAGCAGCUGAGUGAGGUCAGUGCCCAGCCCAAACCCAGGCUUUGCACCCUCUCUGGUCAUGGCGUCAGGCCUGUCAGGCUGGCCUGGGGCUUUCACCCACUCUUCCCCACUGUGGCUGCCAGUGUUUGGGCUGAGCACAGGCUGAGCCAGCCCUGCUCCCAUGGACUGUGGGGAAAGCCAUUGUGAUCCUUGACAAGACAUUUACCAACCAUGAGCUGCUGCUUCCUUGCAAAGGAAACCUGCACCUGAGGUCUCAUCUGACAGAGGAAUUCCUGAAACAUCAGUGCUUUAUGGAAACUGGAUUUCCUCUUUUCUUAAAGCAGAUGGAAGAGGUGUUGAGCUUAAGUGAAGAUUACAUCUUCCUGAAGAAAGUACAGAAAUGUCAGACAGCAGAAGGUCAGAAGUCAACAUUAUUGGACUGUGAAAAGGUUAUAAAGGGCUUCCAGAGCAUCCAGUGCAAGGAUGGACCCCUCAAGGAGCAGCCCAAGUUUGAAAUGCAGAGAGGUCCUGAGCACCGUGAGCAUGCCCAUUUGAUGCACAAGAAUGAGACAUCUGUGGCAGCAGAGAAGAGGAAGCCAGUUGCAGUUCACCUGGCAGGUCAGCAGAGCAACAAGGCAGGCUCAGUGCUGGAGUGGAAGGAGACCAUGUAUGGCCCCACAAACAGCUUGAUAUCCAAUAAGGAGGGGAAAUUGAAGGUGGAGGAAGCAGGGCUCUACUACAUCUACUCCCAAGUCAGCUUCUGCACCAGGGAAGCAUCUUUGGCACCCUUCACCCUCUAUAUUUAUUUGCAUAUCCCCGAGGAAGAGGACCGGCUCUUGCUGAAAGGACAAAAGACACAGAGCACCUUGAAGUCCCACUGUGAACUCCAGUCAAUCCGUGUGGGAGGUGUCUUCAACCUCCGGGAAGGUGACAUGGUCUUCGUCAAUGUGACAGACUCCACGAAAGUGAAGUACAGCCAUGGCAACACCUACUUAGGAAUCUUCAAGGUGUAGUGAGGAAAGGGCUGUCCUGAGAUGGGAAUCCAGCCCAACUUUCUUGAGCAAAGUGCCUUUCCCUUUUUCCCUUAUUUAUGUUCCUCUGCCUCUCUGUUUUUCUUGUUUCUUAAUUUGUAUAUUUUUUUUUAUUUAUUAAUGAGGGCCAGGGGGCCCUGAGAACACAAAUGGAACAAAGUUUGAGGCUGUAAUUUUUUGCUCUCAGAUUUUUUUCUUUUGCAGCUGGUGAUUUGGUACAUGCUGGUCUUGUGUGCCUGGGUCCACCACACACCACUUUCCUCAAAGGGUCGAUGUCCCUGUUAUGUCACAAGAGUUUUGUUUGCCAGACUCUACCAUCAUUUCUUUCCUUGAAACAUAGGAUGGCUCAGGGCACUUCAGCCAAGCUGCAUUCAUACAUAUCUCCACCACCAAUCUGCUUACAAACAUCAAUGGAAAAACAUAAAAAGGCUUAGGAACAUCUCCUCUAAAGGAAUCAUUAAGCCCAGCACGGUUUUUACAUGGUAGCUGCUGGUGAGGUAGUGUUGUCUCCCCAACUGUUUCCUGU